AUGUUUCGAGCUCGCACGUCCGUGCUUCUGGGAUACUUCAUACUAGGCCUUGCGCUGUGGGUUGCGCAAGCACUCGAUGGGGCGGCAGAGCGCGCGGCAGAGGCCGCUGCUGAAGCCGUGGUGCCUAGCGAGUUCGAAGUGCCGCCAGCGGCGCGCAAGACGUCCUCCGUGUUCUCCGCGCCGUGCGAGGACCAGGAGCUGUGGCUGGAGUACGUGCUGACCAACGAGACGUCGCGGGUUGCGUCCACCAGAGGCAUCCUCACCUUGACCAACAACAGACAGGCUGAAAAGGUGACGAACCUCCUUGUUACGUUCGGGUACCCGAGCGAGGACGUGCGCAUCACGGACAUCAGGGGGGCCGUCAUGAUCGACGACGACGAGACGGACGGAACGAUCGACGUGGCGAACACGGGCAGCACCGCCACCCUCGCGCCGGGCGGGUCGGCGCAGAUCAGCUUCCAGAUCGUCGACCGGACGUCAUCGGCCUUCUUCCUCUCCUCCGACACUAUUUCUCGGCUCGAUCUCGACAACGUCGCGGUCAACGGAGCCAGCUGCGAGACGCACUCCUCGACGUUCCAGCCGGGCGUCGACUGCCGCAGCACUCUCGACGGCUGCCGGCAGCACCUCUGCUGCGGGGCCAAGAUCGACGCGGGCCCGCCGAAGAGCCUCACGCAGGGGCCGGUCUUCGAGACCGUCGAGGUCGUGUACGACGACAGACUCGGCCCCGGCUGGUAUGACUGCUCGUACCGGGGCCAGUUCUUUGUGCAGGGUCCUGGGUGGGUGAUCAACACAUUCGCUGGCGACGCCGCCGUCGCGGCGAAUCUUCUCGAGGGCGGCGCGCUGAGCUUCUGCGCGGAUCACGCGCCGAUGCGGGGCGACGAGGCGGCUGCGGCGACGUCGGCGCUCCGCUUCUGGGUCGUUGGCACGUCAGCGCUGGCUGCCGUGCAGCUCGUGCUCUCCCGGGAGUCCUUCGCGGCGGCGAACGCGACGAACCUGCCCGUCAACGCAUCGGCGGCGUCGCGGCGGAUCGGUGUGCCCUCCCCGGGGGGGUUCGCGACGGUGGGGGAGUAUAGCCAGUCUGACGUGGCGCCGUCUGCCUUCUGGGCGCGCCCGCUGAGCGAGUACGGCACGGUCAGCCGCAGCGAGUGGACGCAGGUCGUCGUGCCGCUGGCGUCGGUCACCCCGGCGUCGCUCGCGGCCCGUUUCAACCGCAUCUCCUUUUUAGACAACCUCGGCCUGCAGCCCAUGUUUCUGCUCGACGACCUCUCCAUCGUCGCGGACAUCACGUCAGCGGAGAGCCCGCGCGCGGAGGCCUCGUCGACCGCGGUGUUCGACGACGCUUUGGCCGCGGGGUGGCGCAGCUGCUCGUGGGGCGCCACCGUCGUCGACCAGUGGGUGGCGCAGGUGUACAGCGGCGAAGCAUCGCUCGGCGCGCAGCUCGCGCCGCAGGGCGGCCUCUCGCUCUGCGCGUCGCAGCCGUUCGGCCCGGCCUUCGGGCACGACACGCUGCAGUUCUCGAUCCUCGGCGGCGCCCGGCUUGCAAACGCGUACCUGUCGCUGUCGUUCAACGCCACGGCGAGCGACGGCGACGUCGGGCGGAUCCAGGCGGCGGUGCGGUGCGCGCAGGUCGCACUGGACUGCGCGGACGGCGCGGGCGUCACUGCGAUUCAUCUCGCGGCUUUGGGACCUAUUGCCGAGUCCUCCUGGAGCGUGUUGACGCUCAACCUGACAGCAGCGGCCGCAGCCGCGUCGAGUCAGCUGGAGUCCGGCUGGAACCGCAUCACGAUCUCCGAGCCCACGGGCCUGGCGCCUGCGCUGGCGCUCGACGACAUCCGCCUGGUGUCGAAGCAGUCGGGAAUGGCGGCGGACCGGGGGGGCGAACAGCUGCCGGCCGCGAAGCCAAUCUUCGAUCUACCGCUGGGUCCGAGCACGACCGAAGCGCCCAGCGCGGUCGCGCCGGGGGCCGAGCCGGCGGGCCCCGCUGCAGGGCUGCCUGCGCCCGUGGGACCGCUGCCGCCGGCCGUGCCCACUGGCGCGCCUGACAGGGCGCCCGAGGUGCAGGAGGCGGCUGAGGGACGCCGCGCGGUCGUGAGCACGUGGGUGUACGUCGUCGGCUCGGUCUUCUUGGCCAUCGUGCUCGGCGGCGCGGGGAUCCUCGUCGUUCGCGCUGUCAGACGCAACCGCGAGCUGACUCAGCGGAUCGGGACAGCUCCGGGGGACAGAGGCGCCUCCGCAACGCCCGUCAGCGACGAGUACAGACAGGCUCUGAGGACGGAAGUGAACUCCACGGCAGUCGAGUUCGACGGCUCCGCGCGCGGCCCGCGCCCGUGGUCGUCCCGGGGCCCCUCUCCACGGGGUGGGGGCGUCCCGCUGCCACGUCAUCGCGGCCUGGCCAGUCCCCCCUCUGGGCCCGGAGACCCCUUCGGCACCCACGGCACGCUGUACGCGGGCUCCCGGCCCACCUCGACCGCGCACCGGCACUCCUCGCGCCACCACGACUCGAGCGCCCCGUCUCGUGACUGCGCAACGGGCGACACCCUGCGCGCUCCGUCGCAGCUCGCUGCCGUGCUCCGCGAGGGCGGCGCGGGCGUCAGCCACGAGGCCGUCGCGAUCGCGCAGCGCCUGAUGGCCAACCCGGUCUGCGUCGAGGUCGACGAGGGCGAGGUGUCUUUCACCGACAACGAGCUCCUCGGGUCGGGCGGGUUCGGAUGCGUGUACGCCGGGCACUGGCGCGGGCGCUCCGUGGCGAUCAAGGUCCUGUUCGGCAUCUACGAGCCCGCGCAGCGCGAAUACCUGGACUUCCUGCGUGAGGUCGAGAUCCUGGUCAACGCGACGGAGAAACGACACCCGCGCGUCGUGCAGUUCCUGGGGGCGUGUUUCCGGCCGCCGCAGGUCUUCGUCGUCGCGGAGCUCGCGACGGGCGGCAGCCUCGCGUCCCGCCUGCACGGGCCGUCCGGCAGCGGCGCGCUGCCCUACGGCGAGGCACUGGUGGUCGCGUGCGACGUAGCCGAGGCGAUGAUGUCGCUGCAUCCGAACGUGGUGCACCGCGACCUCAAGCCGCACAACGUGCUGCUGUUCGAGGGCGCGAGGGCGAAGGUGGCGGACUUCGGGGUGUCGCGGCUCAAGGACCGCACGUACCUGUCGACGCAGCACGUACACGUCGGGACCGUGCAGUAUAUGGCGCCGGAGAUCUUCACGGACGAGCCGAUCGACGAGAAGUGCGACGUGUUCAGCUUCGGGAUCCUCCUCUGGGAGGCGCUCACGGGGCUCAAGCCGUACGGGGUCCUCGAGGGCAUUCAGGUCAUAUACAGGAUGUCGACGGGAUGGCGCCACCAGGUCCCGGACUCGUGCCCGGCGCCCAUCCGUCGACUGAUCGAGGCGUGCUGGGCGCAGGACCCCGCGGCCCGCCCUCGCUUCUGCGAGAUUCUCCGCGUCCUCGAGGCGGAGCUGCGCAGCCUGGGCAUCGUGCGGCCGCCGGACGGCCCCGUCACGCAACACCGUGCCCCGCGCCGCCCUUCCCGCCACAACGGCGUGCGGCCCGGCGGCGCGUCGACCGGCGGCGCGUCCUCCAGCUCGCGCAUGUCGCUGUGGAGCCUCCCGACGGAGCGCGCCAAGGCGCGCAUGGCGCUCUCCGUGGUCGGACCCAGGCCCGACAACAACGUCUAUUGGCCCCGGGGGCAGUGUCCGCGGUCCGUCUCGGCGCCGCACCCGCGGAUCUACGCCGCCCUCGCAAAGCCCCACCUGCACGUCUCGCGCUCCCAGCCCGCCCUCGCGCCCCCGGCGACGCCCCACAGUCCCCCCAUGUUCUACCGGGCUGACAGCAGUGGCGCCAGCUCGCGCGCCACCGGCGCGACGCCCGCGAGCGGCCCGCAGCGGCGCGCCGCGCUGCCGCACACGCCGUGGCCUCGGAGCGGCAGCCUGGGCAGCAGGCGGGCCGGCGCGUCACGACAGCUGUCGUCACUGGUGGAUGGAUCGCUGCCGCCCUCGGACGUGAUGUUCGACGUCAGCAGGCUGACGGAGGGGUCUGGGGGGACGCUGUAG